AUGAAAUCUACGCAAAAAACCCUCGUUGUUUUUGGGCGUCCCAAACCUCCAUCCCCCCGCGCCACCAAUAGGUGGGUCUAUUUCGCGCCGCAUGUCUUCUCGGCGAUUCUGUGGUGGAAUUUGAGUUGGAUUCAGUUGAUCAAGUGGAUUCGCGCCAAGCACUUAUGGCUCCACCGUUGGAAUGGACGCAUCCAGGUCCUCGCCAUGCUUGGGCAGAUCAUCACCGGCACGGGCUUAGCCUUGAAAUCGCCCACGCCCGGCAUCCGCAUGCUGAGCAUCGCCUAUGGAGCUGCCAUGGCCUACGUGUGGACACAGACGGUCUACCACGUCCUGCGGAAGGACAUCGUCCGCCACAAGUAUUGGGCCACCAAGAUGUUUGGCUAUGCGCAAGCCAUUGCUCUGCAGCGAGUCUUCCUCUUCUUCUUCAUGGUCUUGACGGUCGCGGGCGUGCCCUUGUACACGCCACUGGAUCAGCUUCAAAGUCAGGCGGCGCGCGAUGCUGAAACCUUGCAGAUGUUCAACGACUCCUUCUCAAUGUGCAUCUACUCUGCCAUUGUUCUGACCGAGUGGUAUCAAGCUGCUGAGCACAACCAGCUAUUGGAAUACCGAGUUCAAGAGGCCAAAGAGAAGUUGCCGCUGACCGGCAACGGCGCUGCGAAGCCCCUGCUGCGGUGAGAGCAGCGGUAGUUUUUAUCAAUUUUUAUCGGAGCCUGGGAUGGGUAGGUCCCGAGAUCCGGGGAAUGUACCCAAUUUUUGGACACACCCACAUCCGGUGAAAACCUUUUGUG